AUGUUAGGUCUGGUGAUGAUGGUCAGCUAUCUUGAGAAUUAUGGCUCGGGGGACACAGACACGGCCCGGGAGGGCAGGCAGGCAGCCGUUGAGGUGCAAGUGCAAGGCGCCCUCCGGGAGAGGGGCGGGGCGGAGCCGGGUGGGCGGGGCUCUCGGUGGGCGGGGCGAGCCGUCUGCGCAGCUGCGGGAGCCUUUAAACCCGGCCUCGCGGGGUCGCACGGUGCUUUCGCCGCCCGGGAGCUGACCGGCCGCGUCCCCCUCUCGUCUUCCUCUGCGCCCCGCGUCCCCGCCCUCGCGACCCCGGCUCUCCUGGACUCGGCGCGGCCAUCCCGGGCGAUGCCCCGCUACGAGUUGGCUUUGAUUCUGAAAGCCAUGCGGCGGCCAGAGACCGCUGCUGCUUUGAAACGUACAAUAGAAUCCCUGAUGGACCGAGGAGCCAUAGUGAGGAACUUGGAAAGCCUGGGUGAGCGUGCACUUCCAUACAGGAUCUCGAGUCACAGCCAGCAGCACAGCCGAGGAGGGUAUUUCCUGGUGGAUUUUUAUGCUCCAACAAGUGCUGUGGAGAACAUACUGGAACACUUGGCGCGAGACAUUGAUGUGGUUAGACCAAAUAUUGUGAAACACCCUCUGACCCAGGAAGUAAAAGAGUGUGACGGCAUAGUCCCAGUCCCACUUGAAGAAAAACUGUAUUCAACAAAGAGGAGGAAGAAGUGAGAAGAUUGACCAGAUUUUGGCCUUAUAUUUAAUUCUAAGGGCACUAUGGGUGCUGUAGGUGUUGUCUAGGAUACUUUAGCCCAUGACCAUUUUGCUGCAGGAGGUAGAAACUGCUGGCCGAGACCUGCCCUGUCGUCUCUGAUGAGAUUUCAUCCCACUUGUGGGGCUUGUCGGGAGUGGGGAUGUUCACAGUACCACUGCAGCGUUUCCAAGAGCAAAAUGUUUGUCAUUCACACUUGGUUGUCUUGCAAGCCUAUAUGGAUCACUGGGAGCAGAGUAAUAAACAUGACUUUAUCAACA